AUGAAUGGUCUACAGAAUGGCCUCGAUCGCAUGGACCUCACCAAUGGCUCUCCACCUCAGGACAAGCUGAUCGUGGGCGUGGACUUUGGCACAACGUACAGCGGUGUCGCAGCGGCGUACAGCGCAACUCCAGACGAUGUCGAUAUUAUCAAGACGUGGCCUGGAGGCAAUGGCAUCACAUCUGACAAAGUGCCUACCGAGAUCUCGUAUGACAUGAAGGAGCCGGUGUCAGAGGGAACGAAUGGCACCAAGGCAUCACGACAAAUACGAUGGGGUUUCCAGUUCAAGCCAGAAGAGCCACGAUUGCGUUGCGUGAAGUUGUUCCUGGAUCGCAACCAGAAGCUACCGCAUUUCGUCUCCCCGCUCGAGACGGCAGCACAGCUCCGGAAAUGCGAUCGAACGGUCAUGGACGCUGUGUCGGACUACUUGACCAAAAUCUACGAGCACACCAUGGAGACAUUGACGAGGCGAUACGGGGAGAGCUUCAUGAGCACGACGGAGGUGGAUUUCGUGCUCACAGUGCCGGCGGUAUGGAGCGACGCAGCGAAGAAUGCGACUCUACAGGCGGCAGAAAGAGCAGGGAUGGGGAACCGACACGAGCUGAAGUUAAUAUCGGAGCCCGAGGCUGCGGCAGUAUAUACGCUGAAGACGAUCCAGCCGAGUGGGCUGAAGGAGGAUGACAGCUACAUCGUCUGCGAUGCUGGCGGUGGGACAGUUGAUUUGAUCGGAUACAAGGUCACUCAGGUAUUGCCAUUACGGGUCGAAGAGAGUGCUGUUGGGACCGGUGGGUUGUGCGGGUCGGCUUUCCUGAACUACCGGUUCGAAGACCACGUCAAGGAGCGGAUAGGACCUGAGCUGUAUCAAAGCAUGCGUGAGAAGAAACCCAAGACGUGGAUGAUGGGUUUGCGGUACUUUGAGGAGUUCGUUAAGCGGAACUUCAACGAGGAGGAGCAUAACGAGGUGAAUGUGCCCUUUCCAGGUCUGCCGGAUGAUGAGGAGGCUGGGCUGGAGUCUGGCUUUCUGAUCAUGACCGCUGAUCAAGUCAAGACCAUAUUCGAGCCGGUCAUCAGGCAGGUGGUCGAGCUUGUGGAAGGGCAGGUGAUAGCCAUCAAGGAGAAAGGCGGCCGGGUGUCUGGUAUUAUCCUUGUUGGCGGUUUCGGACAGUCAAAUUACUUGUACACACGGCUGAAACAGCACUUCAACUCCGCCCCGCCGCCGGCGUACUCUGAGCAACCGACACAUGCCAUUGCGAAUGCACAUAGCUCCCAGCAAAGCGUUGAAGUGCUCCAGCCCUUGCAUGCCUGGACCGCUGUUGUGCGAGGUGCGGUUCUCAGAGGAAUCGAGGGCAGCUUAGUGGAGAAGCGAAGAAGUAGAUGGCAUUACGGCACCAGCUACGCCACUGUUUUUGAUGAGGCGAAGCAUCCGAUGGAGGACCGGUAUUGGAGCCCGCUGUGGGAGCGGUGGAUGGUCAGCGAUCGGAUGCAAUGGCAUGUUCACAAGGGCAUGCCCAUCUCCGCUGACGCACCCAUAUCCUUCCACUAUACGCGCAACUUCCGGCCGGGCCAAUCGUUAGUGGUGGAGGACGACCUGAUCGGCUGCGACCAUGAUGAUGCUCCAGAUGCCGUGACAAAGGACUUGGUCAAUGUCUGCACGUUGACGACUGAUCUCAACGAGGUACCAAAGAGCCUGUUCACGCGGCUCACCACGACCAAGGGCAUUGAGUUCGACAACCUGGACUUUGAGUUGCAUAUGAAGAUCGAAAGUGCGAACUUGGUCUUCGAGCUAAGGGUGGACGGGAUCAAGUAUGGCACUGUUGCUGCUGAGUUCCAUUGA